CGCCGCGGGUCCCGGCUGCUCACUGUUUGCUGGGUGGUGGGUGAACGCGAGCGUGAGUCCGGCGGCUGGAGUCUUGGGAACUGUUCGGAACCUGAAAGAGCGAGUCAGAGAGAGCGCGGGAUAGUGAAGGUGUGAGUGCGGGGGGACCUAGAGGAGUGAGGGCGACAAAGCGAGGGCCCGAGGACAUAAGAUUGAGACUGAGUGACCAUGGCCGUCUCAGCACCUCCGGUGAUCUCUGCAACUUCCAGCGGCGCCGGCGUCCCGGGGGGCUUAUUUCGGGCCGAACCCCUCUACUCGACUCCGGGAGAGCCCCCUCGUCUCACUCCCAGUAUGAUCAACAGUUUCAUGGCCAAUAACCACAGCAGCAGCGCCGGGAGUGGCGGAGUGGGUAGUGGUAGCAGCGUUAGCGGCAACACCAACACCAACGAAUGCCGGAUGGUCGACAUGCACGGGGUGAAGGUGGCUUCGUUCCUGAUGGACGGCCAGGAGCUGAUCUGCCUGCCGCAAGUCUUUGAUCUCUUCCUCAAACACCUGGUGGGAGGGUUACACACCGUAUACACCAAGUUGAAGAGACUGGACAUAUCCCCCGUGGUGUGUACUGUCGAGCAGGUCCGGAUCCUCCGCGGGCUGGGGGCCAUCCAGCCCGGGGUGAACCGCUGCAAACUUAUCACCAGGAAAGACUUCGAAACUUUGUUCACCGAUUGCACCAAUGCCAGAAGGAAGAGGCAAAUGACAAGAAAACAAGCUGUUAACAGUUCAAGGCCUGGCAGGCCCCCUAAGCGCUCUUUGGGAGUGUUGCAGGACAACGCCCGCCUCCUGCCCCAUGCAGUCCCAGGCCUCUUAUCACCAGGACUUAUCACUCCAACAGGUAUAACAGCUGCAGCAAUGGCUGAGGCAAUGAAGUUGCAGAAGAUGAAACUCAUGGCUAUGAACACUCUUCAGGGAAAUGGAAGCCAAAAUGGGACAGAAUCAGAACCUGAUGAUCUUAAUUCUAACACAGGUGGCAGUGAAUCCUCCUGGGAUAAGGAUAAGAUGCAGUCUCCUCUUGCUGCUCCUGCACCCCAACAUGGAAUUGCUCAUGCAGCUCUGGCUGGCCAGCCAGGCCUUGGGGGUGCUCCCACCCUCAAUCCACUGCAACAGAACCACCUGUUGACCAAUAGACUGGAUCUGCCAUUUAUGAUGAUGCCUCAUCCCCUACUUCCAGUCAGCUUACCUCCUGCAUCAGUUGCCAUGGCAAUGAAUCAGAUGAACCAUCUCAAUACUAUUGCCAACAUGGCCGCUGCAGCCCAGAUUCACAGUCCACUCUCCAGAGCUGGGGCCUCUGUUAUAAAGGAGAGAAUCCCCGAGAGUCCUUCUCCUGCUCCUUCUCUGGAAGAAAGUCAUCGCCCUGGGAGCCAGACCUCCUCCCACCCGAGCAGCAGUGUGUCCAGCUCCCCCUCUCAGAUGGAUCACCAUUCAGAGAGAAUGGAAGAGGUACCAGUUCAAAUCCCAAUGAUGAAGCCCCCCUUGGACAAGAUCCAGCUGACUCCUGGGCAGGCAUUGCCUUCAGGAUUUCCUGGACCAUUCAUUUUUGCUGAUAGUCUGUCCUCCGUGGAGACUCUGUUGACCAACAUUCAGGGUCUACUGAAAGUGGCUUUGGAUAAUGCUCGCGUCCAGGAGAAGCAGAUUCUGCAAGAAAAGAAAGAACUGCGAAUGGAGCUCUAUAGAGAAAGAGAAAUUAGAGAAAACCUUGAAAGACAACUUGCAGUUGAGCUUCAAAGCAGAACUGCCAUGCAAAAGCGCCUGAAGAAGGAGAAAAAAGCCAAGAGAAAAUUGCAGGAAGCCUUGGAAUUUGAAUCAAAGCGUCGAGAGCAAGUGGAGCAGGCACUUAAGCAAGCCACUACUAGUGACACUGGCCUGAGGAUGUUGAAAGAUACUGGAAUUCCAGAUAUUGAAAUAGAAAACAAUGGGACUCCUCAUGAUAGUGCUGCUAUGCAAGGUACAGUAAAAGAGCAUAUUCCUUUCUAAAACUACAUAUGUCUUUCUGACACCUGGGGGUGUGCGUGGG